AUAUCUCAAUAUCGUUAAUGUGUACUACAAGAAUGAACUGUAUACCUCAUUUAAAUAACAAGCAACUGAAUGAAAGAUGAGUAAUUGACAAGGGAUACAGCCAGGGGCACGUCCAUAUGCUCUACUGCCAUACUCUCACCGAACUGUACACUUCGGUGGCUCACGAUCGACUGCGUCAAGAGAGUAGAGGUGCUUAUUGCGCUUGCGCUUGCAGAAACCAAACAGCGACAUAUAUCUACAUAUUUUCUUUAUUACCUCCAGCAAUUUAUUUAUUUUGUGAUGUGUUUUAUGUAUGCCACAUCAAUACUAUUACGUUAUCUCGUGCGUUUAUAGUACCGUUUAUUUUUCACCGCAUAGUAAAGGCAAAUUAUAGUAAGGGCAAAUUACUAAAAAUUCACUCUUAUAAUCUCUUAACAACAGCGCAUAGAAAUUUCAUUUAAAAAAAGCCAUUUGACGGAAGAUCAAUCGUUUCUCCGGCAAAACUACUCCAUCCGUCGAGUAAAAUGGUCUUUAUGGGCGAACGCUGUUAUAAGAUUCAUCGAAUUAUGUUUAUGGCUAUGGGAUUAUGGCCGUAUCAGAAACUAUUCAUUUGGCGAAUACAAACAGUUAUCUUCUUCAUGAUAUACAGCGGUUGUUUCCUUGGUCAGUUUAUGGCCUUUUUAACAACAACGUGUGACAUGGAUUGUUUUGUAAAAAGAUUUUCUUAUAUCUGUAUUAACUUUAUAUAUAUUGGCAGUUAUUAUUCUUUCUAUUUUAAUUCUGAAACUAUAAAGCAAGUGUUGGAACAUAUACAACUGGACUGGAAAAUGUUUGAAAAUAGUGACGCAAUUAAACUAUUUGAAGAAUAUCUUUUUGGAGCUUAUAUUCUCUCAUUAUUUACAUAUCUGAUUGUGCCUUCGUCUUUGUUGCUAUUUGCGGCCCUUGAAUAUAGACCUGUCAUUCUUGAUGCUAUUAUACCGAUGAAUGUAUCCCGACCACGUAAAACUGAAGUUGAUUUCGAAUUAUUAUUUUUUGAUAAACAGGAAUAUUUCUUUUUAUUUAUUAUGGCAGAGCUAUUUGCAAUCACGAUUGGUUUUUUCUCGUUACUAGUACCUGGAACAUUUUUUGUUACAUUAGGGAGACACUGUUGCGCAACGUAUAAAAUUGCAAGUUGUUUAAUAGAAAAUACGGCGAUUGUCCAUAUGCUGCAAAUUCCUUUUGGUCAAAAGAUACAAUUCAUGCAUCAGAGCAUUUGUCUUUCACUUUAUAUUCACAGAAGAACUUUCAAGUUCGCCAAAGACCUGAUACUUUCGUUUGAUUUAUGGUAUUUCCCGUUAAUUUUAAUUUGCGCACUCUCUUUAAGUUGCUUUCUGUUUCGCCUAUACAAUUCUAUAACACGGUUCAAUGACUUUCAUGAGAUGUUUGUGUCUUGCGUAAUUUUGUUUGGUUAUUUAUUAUAUAUGUUUCUGGCGAAUUUGCUUGCACAAUCAUACACCGAACACAGUGUAGAAAUAUUAAAAUCUACGUAUGAUACUCUUUGGUAUUUAGCGCCAUUAUCGAUCCAAAAAUUGUUCUUAAUUAUGCAAGAAUCUAUAAAGGCUCAUUCAAUAGCGAUAGGUGGUCUUUUUGCUUUGUCCAUGGAAGGAUUUUCUGGGCUUUUGACCACAGCUGUAUCAUAUUUUACUGUCUUACAUACUAUACAUUCAGGAUCAUAAAGUAACGACUAAAUAGCGAAGAAGAUUUAAGAAUAAUGUUUAUGUGCGUCAAAAUUAUUGCUUUUAGAUAAACAAGUGAUGAAUAUUUUCUGAGAAUGUAGCUACCUGUAGUAAACAAUGUAUAUCGCAAAUAUAAUUGAUACACAUAAUCUA